CCCCACUACUACUUCAAAACCCCACUACUCUUGAAACACACCUGCUGGCAUCCAUCUCUCUCUCUCUCUCUCUCUCUCUCUCAACUCCUCAACCGCUCUCUCUCUCCCAACUCCUCAACCGCCCACGCCUCUCUCCCACAACCCCACCCCCUCUCUCUCUCUCUCUCUCUCUCUCUCUCUCUCUCUCUCUCACUCUCAUGGGCUAUGAAUACCCCAUUCUCUCUCAUAUGCGCCUUUCAGAGGCCAGGUUCAGAGACGAGGGCCAUCUUCCAGAGACGAGGUUUAGAGACGGGAGUCAAUUGUUGAUCACAGGCCUUCAGGAAUUUCAACCAAGUACAAUUGACUGCCAAUCUCUCUUGGGUUUUUGAUGGUUGUGUGAAAAUUUGCUAUUUUGUGAACUGGGUAUGCACCAAUGCUUCUGGGUUUUGUAAUUUUUCUGAAUUCUGGCUUUUGGGGUUUACGGUAUGACCUUGGUUUUGAUGUUGUUUAGAGGUUUUCGAAGUUUGAUUAGGAUGAUUUUGGUGGCCUGGUGGGUAUAUCAAGUUGGCUUAUGAAUGUUAUUGUGGAGGUUCAUUUUAAAAAAUCAGAAAAAAGAUAAAGAAAAAGGGGGAUCUUAUGGUCUAGAAAUUGAGCCUUCUCUUUAAACCAGCAAUUUAGAAACUGAGUCUUAGUCAAACAUGGAAGAAAAGAAAAAAACGAGAAACUGUUUCGUACCUUUUAUCCAUUUGGGUUCACUAAAAUUUUAGUUGAUGUCAUAGGUGGUUGAAUUCCUUUCAUGGCACUAUGCUCAUUCUCAAUUUCUUUUUCUUUGAACUGAACAAUUAUGAUGUCAUUUGUUACGAAAUUUCUGGAAUUCGGAUGCAUUUUUGUUCGUAUUAUGAGUUCAUAACCCAUGCUUCACUCAUCCUUUAUGUGCGAAUUCAUUUGGCAGGUUUAAGGUUUUAACAAUUGAAAGUAAUUCGGAACUCGCACCACUCAGUUCUGCUGACCACAAGGUAUGAUUUCCUCUCUGCUUCAUCUAUUGUAGUGCCUAAAGCUGUGUUUCGUUUUCCGUAUAUAGUAAUUGGAUUUUGGUUAGUUGGAUUUGUUUCCUGUGCAUAAAGAAAUGCAAUUGGAUUCCAAAAAAAAGAUUUGGUUAGUUGGAUUUGUUUCUCGUACAAAUAUACAUAAUUCAUAUUUUUCUAUUGUCAAAUGUGAAGAACGGAUAGUGACCAAAAAAAUGACGUAGGACUGAAUUCAUUUACAGCCCUUCUUUCCCUAUAUUUCAUUCCCUUUACUUGAGGGGGCUGCUCACAACAUUAUUUUUGUAACCAAUAUUUUCGUCUAUUCAAUUAUUAAUAGGAAAAUCGAAGGUAAGGAGAAAUGACACAACAAAGACAAAUAGCAACCACAAAGGGCAAGAAAAAUGAGCAGCCAAGUGGUGCCAAUGGAAAAAAAAAAGUAUGAUGCUUAUAACUUCUAUUUUCUUUCCCUUCCACAUUUUAAAGAUAAUUUGUUAUAUACGCAUGCAAGUUGGUGUACUUUUUUUUAAAAAAAAAAAUCUUCAAAUGAAAGAUGCGAUUUAUGGAGAGGCUAAACCGGUACAUGAUUAUGAACACCUUUUUUUUUUUUACCCUGACAAAGAUUCUAAAUAAGUUUUUAAACUUACAUGGGUCGUAAAUUGUUUCGCUUGAGAACUUUUAGGUUCAAAUAACUGUAUAUAUAAUAUUUUAUGCAGGUUUUCAUGAGGCCUCCUCCAUAUUUGUGUCGUAAUGAUCACUUAGAAAUGUUGAAUGCAAUAUAUGAUUUUGAAUCUAAACGUCAGAGGGAGGGCUUACCAGUUAAAAAUUUUGUUCGACAAAAAAUAGAGACAUGUCGAGCCUUGCAAAAUGUUGGAGAAAAUAUAAGUGAACAAUACCUUAUAGGAAAAAUAGUAGACCUUCUAUCACCAAGCUGGAUGCAUGUGAAGCGAACAAUAUUUCAAAGACAUGUUAUAGAAAAUGCUACACAUUUAAUGAAUGCUUUGAUGGAAGACGAGCAUAAUGUCCACUAUUUGUGGAUGACGUUUGAGCAAGGGCCAAUAAUGCCAAAUUCAACUGUGAGGGCGCACAUUCAAAAUAAAGAAAAUCAAUUUCAUAGUCUAAGGAAAAAAGGCUGCAAGCCAAACAUUGAGAAUUUGGUUCAGGCUAUAGUUAAUAACCUUCCGCCCACAUGGCCUAAAGCAACAAUCUUCAAAAACUUGAAACUAAAUUUCAUGGAUAUGAGAGCAUUGGGAGAUAUGCUUGAGGAGAUUGAGACUGAUAUCAUUUGUUCAGAAGCUUUGGACGCAGUAGAGCAACAAUUUACAGAACAAGAGGAGAAGCAGGGAAAAAAACCUCGACAAAAGGUAGCGAAGCGAAGAUUGGAAUUUGAUGAACUAUAGCUCUACAAUAUUUGGAGUUGCAUGCUAUCCAAUUAUUUGAAUUUGUCAAUUUAUUUUUGUUUUAGGAGUUCAUUGUGCUUUAAUAGUUUAGAUAUGAGUAUGAGAUUGUCAUCAUAACUCAUUUUUAAAAUUUAGCAUUAUUGUACCAAGAGUUGUUUCUUUUUUUUAUUACUGUUCAGUUUGGAUAUUUUUUUCCAUAUUUAUUGCUUCCACUAUGGAUGUUUUCUUU